AUGCGCGUGCGUUUAGUCAUUAGUCACUUUGGUAUUGGAGUUUGAUCUGUUUAAGUUAGGGAGCGCGCGGGGCUUUCUUCCCGCGCGGCUGUUUACUCUUGGUAGCUUUCUCAUCACUCGCUCUACAUUGUGGUCCUGACUUCUCGGCGUCGUGCACCCUCACCUAUCGGAAGGCUUUACUUCCGCGCUCGCAUCGUUUCUGCGAUAAUAGAUAUCUAAUCAAAGCGUCGGCGCAGCGAGCUUGCCAGCGAUCAUUUGCGGAGCCACCUCUCAGCUGA